AUGUCGUCAGCCGGUACAAAACCGUGUCAGAUUUCUAGAGAAUUGCGCGUUUCUCAUGGAUGUGUGUCAAAAAUACUGUCAAAAUUUCGAAACACUGGCUCAAUACGACCUGGGAAGAUAGGUGGCUCAAAACCGAAGAAAUCAUUGCCUAAAGUAAUAUCUGCAAUUGCUGUGUACAAACAUUGCCGUCCAACAAUGUAUUCGUGGGAAAUUCGCGAAAGACUGAUAUCUGAUGGAGUUUGCAGCGCCCUUAACGUUCCGAGCGUUUCCUCUAUCAAUCGGUAUCAUUUAGCAUAA